GGUCUUGUGUUCUGUAAUGUAGUUCACAAUGUUUAGGGCUGUAAGGAAAGUACGAUUAUUAUAUAAGAGAUGUGAAGCAGUAUCAUAUAUUACAAAAGAAGGGAGGCGAUACGUACUAUCUGAAGCAUAUCGUUGUGAAGAUGCAUGGAAUAAUCGGUUUUCCUCUCCAGUCUUCCAGAAAAUUAAAUUGGAUGAGAUGUACCACGAGUUGGAUACAAGGUUUCAGCAAGAAGGGAAAGCUGCUGCUGUUGACAUUGAUCUGUUUGCAAAUGCUGUGAAGAUUGAAGAACAUGCUGAUGAGUUGGAAGAUUUGGUUCAUAAGCUUCGAUUAAGUGAAAACACAUCGUCUAUGUUACAUUCCACACCACAUGCUGUCAUUCGUAUCUUACUAGAACUUGGCAGACAUGAACAGCUGUUGAACAUUUUGAAUGACAGAAUUAACUAUGGAAUCUUUCCUGAUUAUUAUUGUUCAUGUUUGUUAAUGGAUACAUUCCUAAAAUCAGGAAAUUAUGCAGCUGCUGCAAAAGUUGCUGCAAUGGAAAUGCUACAGGAGGACUGGUCCAAUCCUCUUACUACACACCUUGCCCUCUAUUCGUGCCAUAUGUACUUAAAGGAUCCUGGGCCUGAACCUUGGAAAGAGGAGGUGGUGGAAGAAAAUGACACUGAAGAAGAGGUGAAAGUACGUGUAAAGUACGUACGAAACCCAUAUUUUGAUGACCAUUUUGAUCUAUGUGAUCCUCAGCUCUUGCUCGGAAAGACUUUUGCUACCAUUGGCAUAGCUUUGUCUGAUUCUGUUGGAUACACAUACCAGUUAGUGGGUUGGGCACUAUAUAAAAAAUGGAACAAAGUUGUUAAAUGUCUGGAUGAAAAAAUGGAAAAGGAUCCAGAAAAACAGGACCCUGGAAGUAGUGUAAGAGAUACAUGCAUACUAAAAAUAGAAAACCUAAGAACUUUGGGCCUUGUUUCAAACGAGUGUUUACACACAGCAGUCGUGAGUAAAGUUAAAGAUGUAGUGGCCGAGCAUGAGCAGCAGAUGAUAACUGCACAGUGUAGUGUAUAUAAGGAAUGGGAGAAGCUGCGUGAAGAAGUCCUCCAGAAAGAAUUGGACAAAGUGAAGACACAGAAAAGAUUGCAGCAAAUUCAAGAGGAAAAGGAGCGGCUAGCAAAACAAGAGGAGGAAUUAUUCUUUUUUGAUAAUUUACAGAAACUUAACCUUAUUAUAAAAGAAGCCAAGUCUGUACCAAAGGAGGAGGUAAAAAGGAAAGGGAAAAAGAAAGAAGACGACGAAAAUUACACACCACCAGAAGUAACUAAAAGAAAAAAAUAAUGUGUGUAAAUUAUGAACAUUAAGCAAAUAAUUAAAGAAUGUCUUAAGUAGUAGUGUCAUGUUCAUUUUUAAUUUUGUAUAUCC